CCGACACAGACGACGCACACAGAGACGCUCUGACAAAAGGACGAUGUCGGGACCGAGGCCCGUGGUGCUGAGUGGCCCCUCCGGAGCAGGGAAGAGCACUCUGUUGAAGAGGCUGAUGAAGGAGCACGAAGGAGUCUUUGGAUUCAGCGUCUCACACACGACGAGAAACCCUCGACCAGGAGAAGAAGAUGGCAAAGACUAUCACUUCACAACGAGGGAGGCCAUGCAGGAGGGCAUCGACAAAGGGGAGUUCAUUGAGCACGCUGAGUUUUCUGGCAACAUGUAUCUGUUCAGUAAGGCUUCUGUGGAAGACGUGCGAGCCAAAAACCUGAUCUGCAUCCUGGACGUGGAUAUCCAGGGGGUGAGGCGGAUCAAAGAGACCGACCUGAACCCCAUCUACAUCUCCAUCCAGCCUCCAUCUAUGGACGUGUUGGAAAAACGUCUGCGGGACAGGCAGACGGAAACAGAGGAGAGUUUACAGAAACGCCUGGAAGCGGCACGCGUCGACAUGGAGCUCAGUAAGGAGCCCGGAGUGUUUGAUGCUGUGAUCAUCAACGACGACAUAGAAAAGGCCUACGAGGAGUUAAAAGAAAUCCUGGAUGAAGAAAUUAAAAAGGUUCAGGAGGCACAAUCAUAAUAAGGAAAUAAGGCUUUCAGCAGGUGGACAGGAACACUGAUGUGUCUCUGACGGGAAAAGCUCAUCUUCACUGGAACGUGAGAUAAGAAAAGCUCUUCCUCAAGCUCAGCUGCGUCCAGCUGCAGUUCAGACGCACAGAUGGAAACGAAGCUCUGGGCUGACGUGUCUCACGUGUCCUUUGUCUUAGAUUUAGUAAAAGCAGUGGUUGAUUAGGUGUGUAGUCAUAGAUUUCUGACAUUUGGCUCAGCAGGUACGAAUAAAACGCCAAAUCCAGCGUUUGGUCUUCGCAGGCUGGCACAGAUCUGCUUUAGCUCCACGUCUAGAAAGUGUUCAGAUACUAUGACUUCAGUCUUAGUCGAGUAUUUUAUCAGGAUGGACUCAUGCACACGAACGACAGAGCAUCUGAAAAUCACAGUUUGUGGUAGAUUUAAUCUAAAACGUGUGUUAGAGCUGAAAUGUACGUGUGUUGUACUGAAACGAGACAGAAUAAAGAGUUUUAGCACAAA